CCAAACCCUCUUUGUUGACCCGCGUUGGUGACAUGCACGAAUUGUUAAAUUAGCACCGACGGGCCACAAUGUUACUCUCCAUUGGUGCAUUUGCCGCCUUUGUAGUGCUACCUAUGGUGGUGCUGCUUUGCAUUGAGCGAAGGAAACAGGAUGCCACGCCGCUGGUUGGCGCCUCCAUGGCCAAUCGCAAGGCCGCAUCCUCAAAGGGCUUUCAGGUGGACCCCCUCCUCCAGCCCGAGUGGCAGAAAAACGCUGCCCUCAUCAAGCAGCGCCAGGGUAAUAUGACCAUGUCGCUCAAGCAGUUCGCGCCGGACCCUCACAACGAUGCCAAGCCCGGCGCGGCCGCUCACAUGGCCGCGCGCGAGCAGGCUCUGGAAAUGGUGAUGCGGGCGCCGUCCGCGACGCCGGACCCGCACGCGCUGCCCGCCUAUUUGGCGAAGCAGCUGGGACCGCGGGUGUCGCGACGUACCUCCGUGGCUGCCAACGCGUGGGGCAGCAGUGAAAACGAGAACGGUUCGAGCCAGACGAAGUUCCACACCGUUUCGGGAGCCAUUGCCACGGACAUGGAGGGCGAUAAGAAUGGUAGCGGCAAGGGCGGUGGCGCCUUGGCGGCAGCGGCAGCACCCUCGCUCACGCGGGUCCGGUUCGAGCCGUGGUCGCAGCCGGGUGGCCUACAGCGUCCCGAACCCGCAGCGGCGCAGCUGCCAUCGCCUCUCGCACUCGAGAACUCCAAUCGGAGUGUUGUGCGGGACACAAGCAUCAUGGUGCACACCGACGGUGCGGGAGAUGACGACGACCGCCCCUCGCACAGCAGCGGCGCCGUGCUCGCAAUCGCUGCUGCCGGCUCCGGCGCCGGCACACCCACAUCCGUCUCCACCCGCCGUCUCUAUCACCAGCAGUCGCAACAGCAAUUCUUGCAACAGCAACACCAGCAGCAGUUGUCGCCGCAGCCGCAAGAGCGGCACAGCAACCGCAGCAGCCGCAACGCCAGCGGCAGCUCCAUUCGGGCCGCAGUAAUGAGCAACCCGCCACUGCUGGCCACCAACACGGUUGCGCCCGCGCCCUCCAACCCCGGCACUCCCACCGCCGCCCUCUCGGCCGCAGCCAGCCCCAGCCAGGUCGGCGUCUCAGCGUCGCGGCGGCUGUACCAGCAGACCUUUGGCGACAGCGCCCGCGGCAGCAGCCCCGCCACGCCCCACAGCAAUAUGACCACUGCGGGCACGCCUGCGGGUUUCAGUCGCCCCGCCAGUCGGGACGUGAUCAGCGAACCGCCGGGCGGCAGCGGUGGCACGGCCGGGGGGUCCGUUGGAUCGGCUGUGGUGGCUGAGGACGUGUUGCCGCUCAGCCCGGAGGGCGGCGUGGCAGGCGGCAGCAGCGGCGGAGUGGGGCAGAGCAGCGGCCGCGGCGCGGCGGCGGCGCUGCGCACCGCCACCAACAUGCGCGGCCCGUCUCGCCUCGGCACAAACUACUGCAGCCCGCCGCCGGUCGCACUGGUGGCGGGGGCGGUGCAGUGGCCGACCCUUGCAAUCGACGAAGCCGCAGGCGGGGGCACCGGUGGACCCGCCGGCGGCAUUGGCGUGGCUGUCACCAGCCCAGGUGAGGUGGUGCACGAGUCAGACCUGCUGCCGGGCGCGGCGGCGGUGGCGCCGCCUCCGGCACUGCCCAGCCCCAUGUCGCCGGGCUCCAAGCAGCACAGCAUCAGCGGUCAGCACUCGGCUAGCGGGCAGCACCCCGCAGCCUCAGCGGCGUCCAUGCUGAACUCCACCACCAUGACGACCAGCAUGCGCGCUGCGCUUGGCGCCGCCGCGCAGCCGCCCCUAGGGCGCUCCCCGCACCUGGGAGCCGCUCCGGACACAGGGCCCGCGUCUGCGCCCGCGCGCGCUGCCGCUGCAGCAUCGCACCCUGCUGCCAACAGCCCGCAUGCUGCCGCCACCACCGCAUCCGGCGCCUCGCCAGCUGCGGGCCACGCCGCGGACGGCCCACAGGCGCGCCGGGCCAGCAUGCUAUCCAUUGAGAGCGAAUUCAAUGCGCUCAGAGAGCAGUUCUCUAACCAGUCACGCUGGCUACUAGAGCAGCUCGCCGGCGGUCCGGAGCCGCCGUCGGGCCCGCCACGUGGCAUGCCGCCGCUGCCCGAGCUCGGCGACGAUGACUGCAUGCCGCUGCCCGUAUCGGCGGCGCCGCGGGCGAUGCCGCGCCGCGGGAUGACGCUGUCGUCAGCAGCGGCUGCGGCGGCUGCGGCGGCUGCUGCUGGCGGCGUUCGGCUGGGUGGGGUCGGCACCCACGUGGCUGGCGCCGGCGCGGGCGGCAUGAAGGGCGGCACCAGCGCGAGCGGGGGGCUGGAGUCGGGCCCGGCGGGCGCUGGGGCAGGGUUUGUGACAGCUGCGGCCGCAGGCAAGUCGCUGCGGCGACAGACGUCGGACGCGCCUAACCGGCAUCUGCACGGCGCCGCCUACACCCAGCUUCAGUCCAUGUGGCAGGAGCAAAAGGCCGCUCAGCAGCUGGGUCAGCCGCCAUUGCAGGCGGCGCCGCCGCUGCAGGACGCUCACCGCGCAUCUGAGCCAAAUGGGCCGGUCAGCUACAGGUCACUGCUACUCGCCGCUGGCAGCGGUACCGGGAGCUAUCGGCAGCUGCAGCCGCAGCCGCCACAACAUCCGCGGCCGCUGCAGGCUGGCGGUCAGUCGCCGGUGCCGCGGCCGGUGCAGCUGUCUUGGUCUGCUUCUGGGGAGACGGCGCCUCGGGUGUCGCCAACGGGCGGUGGCGUCGGCAGUGGGGCGACCUCAUUUGCGGGCGCAGUGCAGGGGCGGUCACCAGGCGGCACCAGCGGCAUGGGUGGGGCCGGCGCGGUGGUUUCGCCUUCCAAGGCAAGCGGACCAACGCGGCUGUCCCCUGGUGGUAGCGGGCUGCCCCCGCGGCCCCCGGCUGUGUGAGCGAACCCGAGCAUGUGUGAGCUGUUGGUUAAAGGAAACGAGCGUACAGUAUGAUAAUGGUUGUCUUGCGAAGGUGCAGGGAACUCCCGGGCUGCUGGCUACCAGGGUGACCUGCCAACGAAUGAGCAAGGGAGUCGGCCUUGGCGUGAUCACGCCGGACUGGAGCCGCAGACAUUGCUGCGCUUGGUGAUCCGGUUCAAGCUUUUUGUAAUUGGGUGAGUUGACGUGGGAGGUCUGCACACUUGUAUGGACUUCAGGCUCACUGGCGGGGUGUGCUUGUCUCUCGAGGUUUUGCGCGCAUCCUCACAGAACCUGUCGGUGCGAAGGCACCCCUUUCAAUUUGGUCUGGCCAAACUGUACGUGUAUCAACGCAUGAAUGCGGUGGCGUGUGGGAAAAUCGAGGAUGUACUGGUGUACCGCGUGCGUGGGGUGCGUGCAGUGGUACUGCUUGUGCCAUGGGACCAUGGGGAUGGCCAUGCGUAACGAUUAUACUUGAUACUAGCGACCUCCGCUUAAAGGCAGGUCGGAAGGAGGACAAAGCGCCACAGUCAAGCGAUUUUGGUAGCAGCUUGGGCAUGGUGCUGAAGGGCAAACGGAGUGACCGAGUGAACCCCGGUCCCCAAAUGGGCAUAGUGGCGUGCUGGUGCGGUAUCCCGGUUCUCGCGCGGCAUUUGGUGUGAGGACCUUAGGCACCGUCGAUUCUCUCAGUGCGGUGGCGAAGGAGUUACUGGGUCGUGUUGCCGCGGUGGAUGUGCAGUUGUGCUGGACAGUUGCUGGUGCGCAGCCCUUGCACUCCAGACGUCCGGCCAGGCGAUAGCGUGAGCCCGCAGGGCGGCAACUUGGAGGCUGGGACCGGCGAGCUGUACCACUAGCGGGAGGUGAGGGGUGGGGGGUGGGAGAAUAGGUAAAUAAGCCUGCCUGCAUGCUAGGUUGCUCAGGCGUCGUGCAUGCCGCUUCGCGGUGAGACAUAAGUGAUGCCCCGUUUGCUGUUGUACUCACAGGCGCAGUGGCUUGGCGGUUCUCUCUGUGGGGGCGUGGCGGCUCUCUGUAACGGCUCUGUUUCGGCUUGCGCUCUUGUGUAAAGAUGUCUCCAG